AUGCCAAUUGACAUUGAGCUCGUAAUAAAGUUAAAGCUUCCAAUGAUGAAAAUUGUCGGUCUUUUCUUUGGAGCUAAUGAAAUCUUUAUUAAACUCCCUCUCUGCAAUUCCAAGUUUUACGUCGUUCGUAUAACAAAUCUUCAAUUGGUUUUGAGAAAUUUUAUCAAGGGCUUAUUCUUGCAACAACGAAAGAACUUAGAUACUCCAGAAACUCUUGGUCAAUUUAAAGUGUUAAAUUUUACCCAGUUAAUGACUUUUAGUAGGCAUAGUUGGCUCAAAAAUGUAUACGUUGGGCAACUAGGAGAAUAUUUGGAAUUUGUUCAUGG